GCAUCAUGUAAUGUUGUGGUUUGGAGGGCGGUAAGCUUUUGCUACAAUACAGGCAAAGUUUGAUCUCGUUAUCGUUCAUGUAGAGUUCGCACCACCACAGGUGGACUAAUAAAUUCUUCUCGCGAUGGGGACCGCGGUGGGAUAUGCACUGAGAAAACUUUUUGUUUAUCUAUCAGCUGUUGCCAUGAUAUUAUUUGCGAUCGCGCAGAUGACUGUGUUGAAACUCCUGUCAUUCGUUUCCCCGGGACUGAUGAAGAAAAUCCAUCUUAAAAUGGGAGAGAAGUUUACGAUGACCCAAAAUCCCAAAUUCAAAUAUGAAGACUGGGGUCCGAGUUUCUUUUCUCUGGCGUUCAUUAAAACCGUGCUCUCCGUGACCUGGCACUCGCUGGGCCUGGAAGCGUUUGAGGGCCACGCGGCUCCAGACACAGCUUUAUUCACCCUGGACGGACAGAAAACGAGCAUUUAUCGUUUUCUUAAAGGGAACCGUCCACUGGUUCUGAGUUUCGGAAGCUGCACAUGACCCCCAUUUCUCUACAAGCUUGAUGAGUUCAAACAACUUGUCAAGGACUUCAGUGAUGUGGCAGAUUUCCUCGUGGUUUACCUUGCAGAGGCGCAUGCAACUGAUGCUUGGGCCUUUGCAAACAACGUCGACAUCAGCGUCCACAAAACUUUGGAGGAGAGACUGGCUGCAGCCCGGACCCUGGUCAAAGAAGAUCCCCUCUGCCCUGUGGUAGUGGAUGAGAUGACCAACAUCACUGCCAGCAAAUACGGAGCUCUGCCUGAGCGCCUCUAUGUCAUUCAGAGUGGGAACGUUUUCUAUCAGGGUGGCAUCGGACCUUGGGGGUACAACCCUGAAGAGGUUCGAAAAGUUCUGGAGAAAAUUAAAUAAAGGGGA